AUGUCUAAAGUCAUUGUCAGCCACAAGAAGAAACAGAAUGAAUCAUUCUACCUACGCUCAUGGAUAGAGCCCGAGAUUCGCACGCUUGUCGCCAUUCAUGCCAAAUAUCCAGCUUGGCCUAUCGUCAAGAAAUUUACUCCUCCGUGUAAAACGACCAGCAUCUCAUUGUUCAAUCGUUACAAUUUACAGGAUCCAAGACAUUUCGUGAAGAUUACGGGAUUUCACAACGUGGAAACAUUCACCGUCUUUGGGUCAGUGCGCGACGACUUUUGCCAGCUUCUUAGUUGAGUUUACGCCCACAUGCGUAACGAACUUCGAGAGACAUCACGCGAUACGAAUAACAUCGCAGACGCUUAAUACCAUUUUACUUAUUGGUGAUGUGACCAUCAAAUACGUGUCAGUUUCAGAUAUCCGUGACACGGCAAAAUGGUCGUUGAACCUGAAUCUUAACCCUCAAAUUUCGGCUCUUCCGGUACUCGUGAUCGGACAAUGUCUAGCUUUCGAUUUGGACCAAGUCGAGGCACGACUAAAAUUCCCCUAUCUGUACCAACUUGGGUCUUUUGUUGAUAUAUUCGCGCGAGACCUGCGUCCUACUUCCUGA